AUGUAUUCCUUCGCAUUCGCUUUCUUGUGUAUCCAAGCUUGCUUGGUGCAGAAUGUUUUCUCUUACUGCACUGGUGCGUAUGCCCCAGGUUUGGCUGGACUUGCCCCCGGUCUCUCUGGACUUGCCCCAGGUCUAUCCGCCCUUGCCCCAGGUUACGGCCCAGCUGCUUUCCCCGGCGCUUACAAUGGAGCAUACGGUGGUGAAGGUAUCGGCGAGGUGACAGUACUUGGUGAGAUGCCAGUCGCUGGUACCACCAUGAUUAACGGACAAGUGCCAAUCCUCGGUGCUGUGAGAUUCGCUGGUGACCUGCCGGCUGGUGGUAUCGUGUCCAUCGCUGGUUCCAGUGGAUGCGGUUCAUCUCAAUAUAUCUACUGA